AUGAUGAUACAACCAUCUUCGAAGCGUAAGAUAGAUGCUUGUCAUACGUGGGAGAUCAUGUUCACCGAGCAAGAUAUGGAGGGGGUCUCUUUUCCCCACAAUGAUGCUUUGGUCCUCUCAAUACCGUUCCAAUGGAAGAUGGUCCGUCGAGUGUUGAUAGAUCAAGGUAGUUCGGUAGAGAUUCUGUAUUACUCGGCGUUCAAGGCCCUUGUCCUCACCCAAUAUCAAUUAACCCCGGUGAAUGCCCCCCUAGUUGGCUUUACUGGGAUUCCGAUCUAUCAGAUUGGCAAGAUCGUACUCCCGGUCUAUGUCAGUUCGAUGCAGCUGAAUGUGGAGUUUAUUGUGGUCAACUUGCUGAGCCCUUACAAUGCCAUUAUGGGUCGCAAUUGGUUGCACGGCAUGAAGGCUAUUGCAUCAACACUCUACCAAUGCGUUCGGUUUAUCAGCGAGUCUGGACAACAAGAAACCAUUAGGGGCGAUCAAAUGGCUUCCAAAAAAUGUUUUGUUAAUUCUGUCAGCGAAAAUGGCAAGGCAAAGGAAGUUUAG